UUUCCCUUAAUUUUCUCUUGAGAGUAGGUCAAGUUAUGGUGUGGUUUUUUGGACUCUUUUGUGGUCGAGAGGAAGAGAAGCAAGUGAAAGAUGAAGAGCAGGGAUUCGAAGGUGGUGGCGUGGCAACUGUUGAGACGCACUCUCUCUACACCAAAUCCCCCACUCCAUUCAAUUCUUCCCCUUACCCGUAUCCUCCUCCGUUACCAUAUGCUUCCACAAAUACACACACUUCACUCUUUCCUUCUAUCUCUCUCCCCUCAUCUUACUUGUCAAUACACCAUUGUCAAACUCCUAGCUUCUCAUGGCCACAUUCAUGACGCCAUUUUUCUCUUUCGUUCUACUCGCUCACAUCACCCACCGCCCAGACUCUCACUCUACAAUUUUCUUAUAUAUAAAUCUUUCAAAUUUAAUUACUCCAAUUUUAUCUCCUGGUUGUAUCAAGACAUGAUUUCUGCUUCUGUUUCCCCUGUAACUUAUACCUUUAAUCUUCUCAUUCAUGGACUCUGUAAUUCCGAUCGCUUACGAGAUGCCCGCCACCUGUUUGAUCUUAUGCCUCACAAAGGGUGUCACCCCAAUCACUUCACUUUUGGGAUUUUGAUUCGUGGUUAUUGCAAAUUUGGACUUUCAUUACAAGGUUUAAAACUUUUGGAUACAAUGAAGAUGAUGAAUGUUUGUCCUAAUGUCAUAAUCUACAACACUCUCAUAGCAAGUUUCUGCAGGAAAGGCGAUGUUGAUGAGGCUGAGAGGUUGGUUCAGAGGAUGAGGGACGAUGGCCUACUUCCUGAUGUUGUUACCUUUAAUUCUAGGAUCUCAGCUCUUUGCAACUCCGGCAAGAUUCUUGAAGCUUCCAGAAUUUUCAGAGAUAUGCAAAUAGAUGAGGUAUUCGGAUUGCCAAGGCCUAAUCUUGUAACUUUCAAUUUGAUGUUGCAGGGAUUUUGUCAGAAAGGGAUGCUGGAAGAAGCAAGGACACUGACAGAAUCUAUGAAGAAAGAUGAUAUUUUCUUCAAUGUGCAGAGCUACAAUAUCUGGUUAUGUGGACUAGUUAGGAACGGAAAGCUCUUGGAGGCUCAAACAGUUCUGAAAGAAAUGCCCCAAAAUGGAGUAGAUCCCACCAUAUAUUCAUAUAACAUCCUGAUUCAUGGCCUCUGCAAGCAUGGGAUGCUUGGUGAUGCCAAAAUGUUGAUGAGCUUAAUGAUAAAUGAUGGUAUAUUCCCAGAUACAGUUACCUAUAGCACUCUACUCCAUGGCUACUGCACAAAAAGUAAAGUGACUGAGGCAAAGAAUAUUCUGCGUGAGAUGAUGAAGAGAGGAUGCAUUCCUAAUAAAUACACUUGUAAUACUCUACUUCAUAGCAUGUGGAAAGAAGGAAAAGUAUCAGAGGCACAACAGUUACUGCAGAAGAUGAAUGAGAGAGGUUAUGCCCUGGAUACUGUGAGCUGCAACAUCGUGAUUCAUGGUCUUUGCCAAACUGGAGAGGUGGACAAAGCUCUUGAAAUUGUGAGUGAAAUGUGGAGUCAUGGAAGUAUUGCCCUUGGUGAUCUUGGAAAUUCGCUUAUGAGUUUGGUUAACGAAGAUGAUCAUGAGAGGAAAUGUCUGCCUGACUUGAUCACCUAUUCAACCAUUAUUAACAGUUUAUUCAGAGAAGGGAAGCUUGAUGAAGCUAAGAAGAAGUUUGUUGAGAUGAUGAGAAAGAAGUUGUACCCUGAUUCAGUUAUUUACAAUACUAUUUUACAUCAUUUGUGUAAAAGAGGAAAGGUAUCAUCUGCAUUUCAAGUUCUAAAGGACAUGGAGACAAAAGAUUGUAAAAAGAGCUUACGGACUUAUAAUUCUUUGAUACUCGGAUUGGGGGAUAAAAAUCAAAUAUUUGAAAUGUGUGGCCUGAUGGAUGAAAUGAGAGAAAAAGGAAUUUCUCCAAGUGUUUACACUUACAAUAUCAUGAUAGGCUGUUUAUGUAAAUCUGGGAGAACUGAAGAAGCAAUUCCUCUUUUGAAUGAAAUGUUACAGAAAGGAAUUAUUCCUAAUAUGCAUACAUUUGAGUUGCUUAUUAAAUCAUAUUGUAGGACUGGUGAGUUCAGACCAGCUCAAGAGGUAUUUGAUAUAGCUUCCACUAUAUGUGGUCACACUGAAGCACUCUACGCUCUGAUGUUCAAUGAAUUCCUUGCUGGAGAUGAAAUCGUGGAAGCUAAGCAAUUUCUGGAAACUGCAAUAGAUAAACACUUUGAUCUAGGAAGUUUCCUUUACAAAGAUCUUAUAGACAAGCUGUGUAAGGUGGAGAAUUUAGAAGGUGCUCAUGAUAUUCUCAUCAAGAUGAUGCACAUAGGAUAUGGGUUUGAUCCUGCAUCCUUCAUGCCAGUUAUUGAUGGCUUAAUUAAAUUGGGACAAAAGAAUGUGGCAGAUGAACUAACAGAGAGGAUGCUAGAGAUGGUUUCAGAAGGUAAGGUGGGUAACAAAGCUUAUCAAAACUAUAGGGAGUUAAAUCACAUGAAGCGAAGUAAAUAUGGCGGAGAUGGUUGGCAGGCAAUUGUUCACAGAGAUGAUGGAAGUGCAGCAGCCUUGAAAAAUUUGAAGCGGGUGCAGAAAGGGUGGGGUCAAGGAAGUAUAUAGUGUCUAUAAACUCCCAAAAAUGGUUUUCUGGAUGACUAAGAAACUAUUAAUUGGAUGUUCCUUUCUUCGCGAUCAUGGAUUUUGCGUUCAGGGAAUAGGUAGCUAAACAUGAUCCACUUAAAAGCUAUACAAUGCGUCCAGUUAAAGGAAGCUUAUCUAGUUUCUAAUCAUAAAUGAUUAUUGGGGCUGACAUGGAUACAAGCAAAUGGAGAUCUGUGCCAAUACAGGACAAUGAAUCACUAUUUGCAGUUUAUAAAGGUUUUCAUUGUCACUUUUUUUGCUACUGCUGCAUUCCUGGUCUGGCCUUAAUAUAAUAUUUUGGACCUGCGUCAGUUUGAUUCUUCCUUUUUUAACUAAAACCCCAGAGAUUGAUUUGAUAGAAGAUGCAUACAUGAAAAUUCAAAUAUUUGAUUUCUUUUACCAGCUAGAUAAUAUUUUUAGCUACCUGGUGAAAGAACUCAAGUGUUAGCUAUCCUUCACCAGCUAGCUAAUUUUUGAUGUAUGGGAUCUUCAAUUUUGACCGGCCAAUUCAUUUUGAGAAGCACUAGUAACAUCUCUCCGAAUUAACUUCUUACGUAGUGAUUUUCUCCUCCACAUAUUUCUUUUUUUCAAUAUUCUAUUCGAUCCCUUUGUCCGACACAUCACCAUCAACAUUCAUUUUCAUACUGCUUUCCUCUUGCUUUCAACUUCAUUCACAUGAUCCUUUCUUAAAACAGCUGACGGAACUGCAGUAGCUGAAACCCCCAAAUUGAGUCUAGAAGUCUGAGCCCACAUUAAUUGUGGAAUAUUGCUCUUUUGAUGACUGGGCCACGUGCUUGUGCUAAUCCAUUAUUUCUGCUGAACUUAACUGUUCUCCAACAGUUGAGUGAAUCCCUGAACUUCAGAAGGUAUUUUGAACAUCGACAUUGGAAAAAUAUCCUCUGUAACUUGUCAAAGUCUACCAUUGGAGAACCUAUGGAAGAAGCAGAAAAGUGAGAACCCAAACAUGGGAGGAAAAAUCAGCAGAGUUGGAGAGAGACAGAUAGCUAAUUUAACAUUGUCCCAUUGAGUGCACUACUUUUUAUGUACAAUUAUGAACUAUGUUACUAUGCACUAUUGUGAGGCAACAUAUUGUAUUUCCUGUCCAGUCAAUACUUCCUCUAUCAGUUUCAUUGUAGUGACGACUUGGAGAAUAUUGACCAAUUUGUUCGUUAACUGUUAAAAAAUUAGCAAAAAGAAUUGUUUGCAUAGCA